UCCAAGGCAAGCUGGGACCCGUCGCUGCCCGCGUCUCCUUCCAUGGAGAACUUCCAGAAAGUGGAGAAGAUCGGGGAGGGGACCUACGGCGUGGUCUAUAAAGCCAAGAACAAAGUCACCGGCGAGGUGGUGGCGCUUAAGAAAAUCCGCCUGGACACGGAGACAGAAGGUGUUCCAAGCACAGCUAUCCGGGAGAUCUCCCUACUCAAGGAACUGAACCACCCCAACAUCGUCAAGUUGCUGGAUGUGAUCCACACUGAGAACAAGCUCUACUUGGUUUUUGAAUUUCUGAAUCAGGACCUCAAGAAGUUCAUGGAUUCUUCAACUUCCAUCAGUGGUGUAGACUUGCCCCUUAUCAAGAGCUACCUGUUCCAGCUUCUGCAAGGCCUUGCCUUCUGUCACUCGCAUCGUGUGCUCCACCGUGACCUCAAACCACAGAACCUGCUGAUCAAUGCUGAGGGAGCAAUAAAACUGGCUGACUUUGGGCUUGCCCGAGCAUUUGGUGUGCCAGUGCGAACCUAUACCCACGAGGUGGUGACCCUCUGGUAUCGGGCUCCAGAAAUUCUCCUUGGUUGCAAAUAUUACUCAACAGCUGUAGACAUCUGGAGUCUGGGUUGCAUCUUUGCAGAAAUGAUCACCAGGAGAGCUCUUUUCCCUGGGGACUCAGAAAUUGACCAGCUGUUCCGCAUCUUCCGCACGCUGGGCACUCCAGAUGAGACCGUGUGGCCCGGGGUCACGUCCAUGCCUGACUACAAACCCAGCUUUCCCAAGUGGGCCCGGCAAGACUUCAGUAAGGUGGUGCCACCCCUGGAUGAGGAGGGCAGGAAACUUCUGGCACAAAUGCUGCAUUAUGACCCCAAUAAGAGGAUCUCCGCCAAGACUGCGCUCAGCCACCCCUUCUUCCGUGAUGUUACCAAAGCUGUGCCACACCUUCGCUUAUGAGACAGGAUUAUGGCCUGCUGUGGAUUCUGCAACAUGCCCUUUCUUGGGUCCACACCAGUUGCUUGCACUUAACUUCCUAGCUUAGAGCUGCAUGGAGUACUGGAGGUCCAAUUUGCCAUAGCCUUUACCUUUUUGGAGUUUUAUACCUGGAUC